AGACGCUACUUCUGUGGUUUCAAUCAACGCAAUCCCAUCGUCUAUCCGAUCGUCUCCGAGUUCGAAUUCCCUACUUCCUGCCCAAUCAAUCUUUCCAACGAUGCGCUCCUGCGCGCCCCUCCUCAACCCACCCUUCAAACCCGCGCCCGCGCCCCAUCCAAACCUAAACCCAAAUCCCAACGCCGCCUCCGCGCACGGACCAACACUGCUCCGCUGCGCCCUCGUCGCGCGCGCGGCCCCAAGGGACGAUCCGUUGCCGGCGCCGUCCAGCUUCGACUUCCUGGCGCUGAAGCGGGAGCUCGAGGAGCAGGAGGAGGCGGUGAUCCCUGUGGAUGCGACGGAGGGGGGAGGGGACGACGAGGUUGUUAACGAGGAAGAUGGCGAGAGGGUGCCGAAGAGGAUAGGUAGCAGCGGGAGGAGGACGGGGAGGCAAAUGGCGAGGCGGUCGGGGUUGCUAGCGAAGCAGGUGAUCAGCGUCAGCUCAGCGCGGAGCCUCGGGUUCGUGUCUCAGCUGUGGGUCGACGCCUCGUCGUGGGUUGUUGCAUUGGUCGAAGUGAGGCCAAGCUUGCUUUCAGGAGAUGCGGACAAAUUCCUUUUUGAUGAUAUAUAUCAGAUUGGAGAUGUUGUGCUUGUUCAGGAUGAAUCUGUGGUUGAGAACGAAUUUAAGCUAGUUGGGCUGCAUGGCUUGGUUGGCUACAAUGUUGUAACUUCCAGACGGCGCAAUGUUGGUAAGGUGCGUGGCUUCACUUUUAACAUUAACUCAGGAGUUUUGGAGUCUCUUGAGCUUGAUUCAUUUGGGCUUACCAUUGUCCCUGCUAGUCUGGUAAGCACAUACUGUUUAUUUGUCGAAGAUGUGCUUGAUAUAGUUUCUGAUACAAUCGUGGUGCAUGAAGAUGCAAUCUCUCGUGUUCAACGGUUAACACAGAAUGAGAAACAGUGUCGCAUGGAUCGAGUAGCAUUUUCAACUCCUUGCAAGUCCAUAGAGUGAGAAGCACGCCAUAUCAUACCAUCACAAGAGCCAGUAUCCAAUGUGUCAUGACGCAACACAGAACCAUAAGGGGAAACCCCCAAAAGAAAAGCAAUAAGAUCCUGUUUACGCUUUUGCUUUGGCACUGUAACAAGUUUAAUCAUGAAGUGUCAAUUAUGUAGAGCAAGCAUGAUUGCAUAAAUUAUGUUGGAACUAGAAUGCGAAGAAUGCGAAGCGGGAUGGUGCUUGUGCGAGUCAGUUUUGAGGAAAAUACAGCCGGGCGGCCCAAACUGACAGGACGGAUGGCGCGGUAAGUGUGCGGUUACCCAGACGGGCUCCUCACAUCAACUCUAUACGUCCGGACAGACUGACACCCCCAAUAUCCAGCUCAAAUCUAGAGCGGAUAUGGGAUGCUUGGGCGCGUCCACAUGUCGGUCUAGCCCAGCCUGGCCCAACAAAAAGCCUCCUUCGGACGAAUCCUAGAUUGAAGUCAGUCCACUCCACUCCACUCGCUGUGACAACGUCGAGCCGGUGACGUUGUCGGACCCUCCCACUCGUCGCUCAGCUCCGACCGCUCGCGCCCGUCCAUGUACGCCGCCCACCACCGCAAGUCAAUCUGCUCCGGAUGGGGUAGUCGGGGCAUUGCUGGUUCCUCGUGCCCAUGUCGGCGCCAACGAGGAUGAGGACGCCCGAAUAUGAGGCAUGGGAAGCGGCGGGGGAGGCGCUAGCCGCACGUCGGUUGAUCCCGAGGACGUGCUCCUCGUGUCGGUCCUCCUCUGCUCCCUGACAACGAUGAUGCCCCUCCGGCUCCUACGACGACGCUCCUCCGGCCGUCGAUGCCUACACGGGGGGUAUAGCCGCACCAACAAUCACAAGGGGAAGGGGCUAGCGAGGAAAUUGUGAUUUGCUCCACCCUCUCCAUUUUAUCUAUGUUUUUCAUCAUUUUUAAUAUUAAUUUGCGUUGUCUAAGAUGAACUUUGAUCUUUUGUCCAUCAAUGAACAAUGAUCCUUUGAUAUCGGAUGAAUUUAGUUUGUUUGUUGUUAUUAAGUGUAUUUGUCGUGUUUAUCCAUGUAGCAUUACAUGAGUUACAUGGAUUCAAGGGUUCAAAUAUAAGAGGCACCACUGUAGGAGCAGCCAAAUGAGGGAUGUUCUGUCACAUGUGGACCGGAUUUGAUGUAACCGGCUGAUGCUUUAAGAGCAUCUCUAGCAGACACCGUAAAAACGCUAAACCUGUAAAAUUUUGGCGGGUUUACGGUUUCAAACCAAUUUUAUGUCCAGAACAGACCCUGUAAAAG